AUGUCACAGGCUCCUGAGAUCCGUGUCGCUAUUCUCGACGAUUAUCAGAAUGUCAGUUUGACCAGCGCCGAUUGGAGCCCUGUCCAAGGUCGCUGUAUCAUCGACGUAUACAGAGACACUCUAAGCAGCGAGGAUGAUCUGGUGCGGCGACUUGAACCCUACCAGGUGAUUUGCGCAAUGAGGGAAAGGACAAGAUUUCCUGCAAGUCUCCUUGAUAGACUACCCGACCUUAAGCUUAUCGCUACCACUGGCCCGUUCAAUGCCGCGAUCGACGUUGGGCACGCGAGAUCUAAGAGCAUACUAGUAUCCGGCACGUCAGGAAAGGGGAACUCCACACUCGAACACAUAUGGACGUUGAUACUGGCGAGUGCCAGAUACCUCGUCCAGGAAGAUGCCAAUAUCAAGAAACAAGCGAGGCAGUGGCAGUCUUACAUUCCGCUAGGAUUGGCUGGAAGAACCCUCGGCUUGGUAGGAGUAGGGAGACUUGGCUCCGCAACUGCGAAGAUUGCCAAGGCCUUCGAGAUGAGGGUGAUUGGCUGGUCUCCUCACCUAACGCCAGAGCGUGCAGCCCAAGCUGGUGUCGAAUUCGUUGCGUCCAAAGAAGAGCUCUUCCGCCAGAGCGAUGUUGUCUCCGUCCACAUGGUCCUAUCUGACGCAACUCGUCAUUUGGUCACAGAAUCAGAUCUUCAAUCGAUGAAGCCAACGGCAUUCUUCAUCAAUACGUCGCGGGGUCCUCUGGUCGACGAAGUUGCAUUGGUCAGGGUACUCCAACAGCGCAAAAUUGCGGGAGCCGGGCUGGAUGUGUAUGAGGUUGAGCCUCUACCACAAGAUCAUCCUUUAAGAACACUGGAAAACGUGACGCUGACCCCGCAUACAGGAUAUGUGAGCGACACAAUGUACGAGGUUAGUACACAGUGA